GGCCGAGCCAGAGUCCAGAAGGGCCUUUUCGAAUACUGAUGUAAUCAUUGCUACCAACCUAUGGCUGCCAAGUUGCAGACCUGGCCGAAAGAACCCCGUCAGACUUUCCCUGUUGGUGAUAUAAAGGUGACUUUAUGGAGAUGGGCAAUAUCUUGAUACUUGUAAUAUUUCGAUAACUGGUCACAAUUUUGGCAAUGAAGAGUUGGAUGGUGAAGGUUGACUGAAAACGGUGACAAUGAGAAGGAAUUAAAUAGAACUUCAUCCAGAGUAGGAAGCUGGUUGGAUAGAGUGGCUGCAAUUAGAUAUGAAAUACUAUCAGUAUAUCCUAAAAGCUGGUCUUGACUAAAAUAUAUUCUUCCUUGCUUUGUAAAGCUCUUGAGGUUUUUGUGUGCCCUGCAUCAGGGCUCAGUAAAAAGUAUCUUAGUACUAGUCUAGAGCAACUAGACAGUGUCUUACGUUAUCUUGACGUGUAUAGUAGACGGAUCGAUGGUCUCAUCCUCAAAUCGCCCGUCGACAAGGUCCUUCCAUGUUGCUGAAAAGAUUUACUCGGGGGAUUUUUUUUAAGCUUAAGAGCCAUUUGCUCCCCUGAGCUAUAGCAGUACUUGACUUUAUAACUUUCCAACAGCUUCUAGACACAAUAUUCCAGAAACCUUCUCCGUCAAGCACUCAAAGACAUCGACAACCCAUCUCCUGGCUACAAGCUAGUCAUCACGUGUGAGGGGUCGUCCCGCAACGCUAAUGCGGCCCCACAGCACCAAAUCCACCCCACCUUUCCAAGCAAAAGAAAAAAGCACAUCCCUACCAUUCAACAAUCACCAUCACCAAAAUCCCAUCUGUCCUAUAAAGUCCAUCUUCAAAACGCCACAAAAGAUGUCUCGCAUACUAACCGACAGAAUCCGCAUCGAGCCUGAGGAAAUAGAACCCGAAGACCUUUUCCAAUCCUCCCUCUCUUCCCUCUUCCCUGACGAUAUCCAAAAUCAACACGGCGACAAAGAUCAACGCAUCAUCUACAGCUCCCCAACUCUUGGCGAGAUAGUUCUUGAAUUAUCUUCUCCCGCUGGCGAAAAGGGGAGACUGCUAUUUGCGCAUUAUCUCUGGAACGCAGGAUUACAACUUGCCGAAUUUUUUGAGGAAGGGGAUGGAAAGCGAGGAGGCAGAGAACGAUGGGAAGUGACAGGCGAAAGAGUUUUGGAAGUUGGUAGUGGGACGGGAUUAGCAGGCAUAGUGGCUGCGUUGAUGGGAGCAGAAGAAGUGAUUCUAAGCGAUUAUCCAGACGAAAAUGUGCUUGCGAAUUUGACGACGAAUGUAGCGAAGAACAUCGAGGUGAAUGGGUUUGGGGAUGUGAAAGUACAGGGUCAUGAGUGGGGAGUAUUGACAGAUGGGUUUUCGGUGGAAAACAAAGAGAGUUUUAGUCGAGUGAUUGCGUCGGAUUGCUUGUGGAUGCCGUGGCAGCAUGGAAACCUUUUGAGGUCGAUUAGGUGGUUUUUGAAGGAAGAUGGGCGGGCCUGGAUCUGUGCAGGUUUUCACACAGGCCGGGAAUUAAUGCGUGGGUUCUUCGAAGAGGAAAAUCUGACAGCAGCUGGCUUGGAAAUAGAAACAAUAUACGAGAGAGAUGCUAAUGGUGUUGAAAGAGAGUGGGUUGCGGAUAGAGGAGCAGAGGAUCGAGACGCAAUCGCCAGAAAGCGAUGGCUGGUAAUUGCCGUUCUAAAGAGGCGAUAAACCUGCCCAUCGAAAAUAUUUCAUUGUACACGGUUCAUUUACAUAUCAUCUCUUUCAUACCCCAGCAGCAAGGAUAUUGGUGUUUGUUGUAAUACUUCGCAAAUAGAUUGCA